AGCAGGAGCUCUGCGGAGCGGGCUGCGCGGGCGCACGACGUGGAGGAGGCCUGGCUGGCGGCGGCGCGGGCCGGUGUGGCACGAAUGGGGGAGAUAGAAGGAACAUACAGAGUUUUACCGACUUCAGGGACACGCUUGGGUGCCCAAACGACCUCAGUGGGAGUCAGUACCCUGGAGCCAGAGCAGACCCUCUCACCCAGGAUGCAGGAGAAACAGCUGUGCAUCAGAGUGAAGCUGCUGGACAGCACUGUGGAAGUGUUUGACGUUGAGCCUAAGUGUGAUGGACAGGUCUUACUGACGCAAGUGUGGAAGCAUUUAAACCUGAUUGAAUAUGACUACUUUGGUCUGGAGUUUAAGAACGUCCAAUCCUACUGGAUUUGGCUUGAACCUAUGAAACCCAUCAUUAGGCAAGUACGAAAGCCAAAGAAUGUGGCGUUUCGCCUGGCCGUAAAAUUUUUCCCACCUGACCCUGGCCAGCUGCAAGAAGAGUGCACAAGGUACCUGUUUGCCUUGCAACUCAAGAGAGACCUCCUGGAAGAACGCUUGACCUGCUCUGCCACCACGGCAGCCCUUCUCAUAUCCCACCUCCUACAGUCGGAAAUAGGAGAUUACGAUGAAACCUUGGAUCGAGAACACCUCAAAGCCAAUGAGUACUUGCCCAACCAGGAGCAAUCCCUGGAAAAGAUACUAGACUUCCAUCAGAGGCACACGGGCCAGACACCUGCAGAGUCAGAUUUCCAGGUUCUGGAGAUCGCAAGGAAGCUGGAAAUGUAUGGCAUCAGGUUUCACAUGGCUUCUGACAGAGAAGGGACCAAGAUCAAUCUGGCAGUUUCUCACAUGGGUGUCCUCGUGUUCCAGGGUAUCACCAAAAUCAAUACUUUUAACUGGUCCAAGGUCCGUAAACUAAGUUUCAAGAGGAAAAGGUUUCUUAUCAAACUCCACCCGGAGGUCCAUGGACCCUACCAGGACACGCUAGAGUUCUUGUUGGGUAGCAGAGAUGAAUGUAAGAACUUCUGGAAGAUAUGUGUGGAGUACCACACCUUUUUCAGACUGUCUGACCAGCCUAAGCCAAAGGCAAAAGCUGUCUUCUUCAGCAGGGGCUCCUCCUUCAGAUACAGUGGAAGAACUCAGAAACAACUAGUAGAUUAUGUCAAAGAUGGUGGGAUGAAGAGAAUUCCAUAUGAAAGACGACACAGUAAGACUCGGAUGUCUUUUCAUGCUCUGACUACAGAUCUUCCUAAACAGAGCAUCUCAUUCACCGAUGGCUUGAGAACUUCUGCCUCCCUGUCUUCAGCAAAUGCCUCCUUUUGUCCACUCCCUACUUCUUCUUUGUCCCCUCCUGGUCUGCCCAAUCUGAAGGACAGCAGCAGCUCCCUUGUGGAUCCCCAGGCUCCCCACAUCAAGAGCACAGCAGCAGAGAGGAGAAGCAGAGCAUCAUCAUCUGAAGGCCCCAGCACACAGUCGGCCCAUCUCCCUGGACCCCCUGUGCUCCAGCCUGGUCCAGGCUUUUCUGUGGAUAGUCCUCAGCCUUCUCCUUCCAGCCUGAAGAGCCAACUGAGCCUGAGCCCUGAGCUUCAGGCCUCUCUGAGCACAACUGAGCAGGGAUCAGCCCCUGCUCUAAGCCCUGUCCUCAGUGGUGCUGGCACAGCCAGGAUGGACAACCAGGAAGAGCAGAAACACAAGCACAUGCCAGAAGAUGAGGCCUAUUUCAUUGCCAAGGAGAUCCUUGCUACAGAACGAACAUAUCUGAAGGAUUUAGAAGUUAUUACUGUGUGGUUUCGAAGUAUGGUGGUCAAGGAGGAUGCCAUGCCUGCAACCCUGAUGACCCUGCUUUUCUCCAACAUCGAUCCAGUCUACGAGUUCCACAGAGGCUUCCUGCACGAGGUGGAGCAGAGGCUGGCACUCUGGGAAGGACCCCCCAGUACCCACUUAAAAGAUGAUCAUCAACGGAUUGGGGACAUUCUCCUCAGGAAUAUGUGUCAGUUAAAGGAGUUUACUAGCUACUUCCAGAGACAUGAUGAGGUCCUAACAGAACUGGAAAAGGCCACAAAACAGUAUAAAAAGCUGGAGGCAGUCUACAAGGAGUUCGAGCUCCAGAAGGUCUGCUACCUGCCUCUCAACACGUUCCUGGUGAAGCCCGUCCAGAGGCUUGUGCACUACCGUCUGCUGCUGAGCCGGCUGUGCAGAUACUACACACCCGGGCAUGGGGACUAUGCUGACUGCCACGAGGCUCUGAAAGCCAUUACAGAAGUGACCACUGAGCUCCAGCACAGCCUUACCCGACUGGAAAACAUACAGAAGCUGACAGAGCUGCAGCGGGAUCUGGUCGGUAUAGAAAACCUCAUUGCUCCAGGAAGGGAGUUCAUCCGUGAGGGCUGCCUUCACAAGCUCACCAAGAAAGGCCUGCAACAGAGGAUGUUUUUUCUGUUCUCAGAUAUGUUGCUGUAUACAAGCAAAAGUGUCACGGGGGCCAGUCAUUUCCGGAUUCGUGGCUUCCUUCCACUCCGUGGCAUGCUGGUAGAAGAAAGUGAGAAUGAAUGGUCUGUUCCUCAUUGUUUCACCAUCUAUGCAGCUCAGAAAACAAUUGUGGUGGCAGCCAGCACUCGGCUAGAAAAGGAAAAGUGGAUGCAGGACCUGAAUGCCGCAAUCCAGGCAGCCAAGAGUAUUGGUGACACAUCUCCAGUGCUGCUGGGAGGCCCCCUGUAUACUCGUACCCCCAGAUCUUCCGAUGAGGUCUCUCUGGAGGAAUCUGAAGAUGUUCGAGGAACCCGGGGAUCCCUGGAGGGGAACAGCCAGCACCGGGCCAAUACCACAAUGCAUGUGUGCUGGUACCGGAACACAAGUGUGUCCAGAGCAGACCACAGUGCAGCCGUUGAGAACCAGCUUUCAGGAUAUCUGCUGAGAAAGUUCAAGAACAGCAAUGGCUGGCAGAAGCUCUGGGUGGUCUUUACCAACUUCUGCUUGUUUUUCUAUAAAACUCACCAGGAUGACUACCCCCUGGCCAGCCUUCCCCUAUUGGGUUACAGUGUGAGCCUCCCCAGGGAGACAGACAGCAUCCAGAAAGACUACGUUUUCAAGCUCCAAUUCAAAUCUCACGUUUACUUCUUCCGGGCUGAGAGCAAGUACACAUUUGAAAGGUGGAUGGAGGUCAUCAAAAGGGCCAGCAGCUCAUCGGGGAGACCCCCAAGUUUCACUCAGGACUGCUCACAUCUCUCUCCAGGGCUGGAGGCAGAGGUCAGAGAAAAGGAGGAAUGUCCUUCACUCUACAUGGACAAGAACCUAGAACAGAGGCUUUCAGGGAGUAUAGGAAUCAUCCCAAGGACUGAACAACUCCAGCCAUCUUCCCACCAGAUGACACAUGGUGCUGACCCUAGAAUGAGCCUCAUAAGACCUCUAGGAGGACCUCUGCCCUCCCCCAAACUCCAGAAACAGUGAAGACUCAUGAUGGCUGGGCACAUCUCUGAGAUCUAUAAAAAUGAAAUGAGGGUUUGUCAUGAGCAUGGCCCCAAACACAAGACAGGUCAUAUCCACUUCUACCUGUAGCACCAAUAGCCAAAUUCACGUUGCUUCAGACAAGCACUAUAUAAUCAGGUUUAUGUGAUAAGCUCAUGUUGCUCUAGGGGUUAGCCUCCAGAUCACAGCAAAAUAAGAGUAUGCAAAAGCUACUCUGGUUUCUAUCCCACAUACCCUCCUCUAGACCAGUGAAAACCAAAGACCAUCCACCCAAGCCUAGGAGGAGGGGGCCUUUCCUUAUUAGCUCCCAGUACUUCUCAUCAACUGAGUCCUGUUCACCCAUAUGACUUAAAAUAAAAGGACAUUUCCUCACCCACCAA